CAUAGUUUGUUCCGUCCAUUAUCCUAAAAAGGGUCUCUAAAAAGGCCACAAAAUCCCCAAAACCCAAUCAAAUUUUCUUGAGUACAACAACAAUGGCUGCCACUACAGCUGCCAUUUUCACCCUUCCAAAGCUCUACAAAUCCUCCAUUAACCCAAAAACCAUUUCCCGUUUAUCCCCAAAAUCCACUCUUUCUUCUUCUUUUUCCAUUUCAUCUGUUCCAUUCAAGGUACAUCACUCAAAGCGCAAUGCACAACCCCUUUCAUACACCACUCCAAGAAUCUCCGCCGAAAUCUCCGUCGGAGACAAAUUACCCAAUUCUACACUUUCCUACUUCGAUUCAUCUGAUGAACUCAAGACCCUUUCCGUCUCUGACCUCACAUCUGGGAAAAAGGUUGUUCUUUUCGCUGUCCCAGGUGCAUUUACACCAACAUGUUCACAGAAACAUCUUCCUGGUUUCGUGGAGAAGUCGAAGGAGCUAAAAUCGAAAGGGGUUGAUACAAUUGCUUGUGUUUCGGUUAAUGAUGCUUUUGUGAUGAAAGCUUGGAAGGAGAAUUUGAACAUUGGUGAUGAAGUUUUGCUGUUGAGUGAUGGAAAUUUGGAGUUUACAAAGGCAAUUGGGUGUGAACUUGACCUUACUGAUAAGCCUAUUGGACUUGGUGUUAGGUCUAGAAGAUAUGCUAUGCUUGUGGAUGAUGGGGUUGUUAAGGUGUUGAAUUUGGAAGAAGGUGGAGCUUUUAAUGUUAGCAGUGCAGAAGAUAUUCUCAAGACUCUUUAGAGGUUUAGUUGUGUUUUCUUUUCUUGUUUCUUUCUUUUGAGGGAAUGUUGAUGAUAAUCAUGAGGCUGAAAUGUUGUUUUCAAGUGUUUGAUUACUAGUCUUUGUGAUGAAUAAUACAGAUGUCUUCUAAGAUUAUGAACCUUAUUAGUUAAAG